AGUCAGUAAAAGAGAGGUCUUUUCUUCUCUUCCCUCAAACCCUAACCUUUCCUCUUUCUCCUUCAAUUUCUACUUUCUCUUUCCCAAAAUACAGACAAACAGAGACGCUAAUACAUAAAAUUACAAAAUGGCAGAGGCAGCUUUGAACAUGAGUUUAGACGAUCUCAUCAAGAAGAAUAAAACCGGUACCGGAGGUAAACCUCGCGGCAGAGGUCGCGGCGGCGCCUCCGGUCCUGGUCCUGGUCCUGCUCGCCGAUUCCCCAAUCGUUCUGCUAACCGAGCUGCACCUUAUUCCACCGCCAAGGCUCCUGAGGCGGCGUGGAAUCAUGAUAUGUUCGCGGCGGCAGAUCAAGCUUUCCCCUUUGGACAAGCCGGUGGCGGUCAGGCGGCAUCUUCCAUAUCGACUGGGACAAAGCUCUAUAUCUCCAAUCUCGAUUACGGCGUCUCAAAUGAGGAUAUCAAGGAGCUCUUCUCAGAAGCUGGUGACCUGAAACGCUAUGCUAUACAUUAUGAUAGGAGCGGGAGAUCAAAGGGAACGGCUGAGGUGGUCUUCUCACGUAGACAAGAUGCACUAGCUGCCGUUAAGAGGUACAACAACGUUCAGCUUGAUGGGAAGCCAAUGAAGAUUGAAAUUGUUGGGACCAACAUUGCCACUCCCGUUGCCCCUGCUUUCAAUGGUACUUUUGGUUUUGGAGACGCUAAUGGAGGUCCCAGAAGUUUUCAAGCAAGAGGUGGAGGCUUCGGGAGGUCACGUGGUGGUAGAGGACGCAGUCGCGGAUUUCGAGGAGGCAGCAGAGGACGGGGAAGAGGAGAUCGUGGAGAAAAGGUAUCUGCAGAAGAUCUAGAUGCUGAUCUGAUGAAGUAUCAUUCAGAAGCAAUGCAGACAAACUGAUGGGUCCGGUAGCAAUGUUUGCCUCUACAUCCAGUGCGUAGUGGAGCCAGACUUUCUGUACUUUAGUAUUCUUCUCUUUUCAAGUUGCAAGAAAGAAAGUACUUAUAGGAAGAUUUGAACAUUUGCUGUAUGGGAAUUGAGCUUCUUUUUUAUUUGUUCCCUUGAUUUGGAUUUGUGCUUGGGUGGAGUGAUUUGUGUAUUCUACCAACUCUUUAGUUUAUUUAAGAGCUGGACGAUUAGAGUGGAAAUGCUUAUCCUUGCCCAUCCCACGACAAUGCUUUGCCUCGACGGUGGCAGACGCCAGCUGAAGAUGGUGGCUGCCCUGUGUCUUGCGGUCUGCAAGUGCUUCUUGUAGUCAAUAAUUUGGGCGUCAAUCGUGAGGUAGUUUUUGUCGCUUUGUUCUUGUCCACUGGUUUCACAAUUGCAGUCCUUGUGCACUUUGAAGUUUUUUGCUGCAAGUGUCAGACUUAAUUUUAUUCAUGUUGAUAAUGAGUUCUACAAACUGUUGACUUAGGAAGCAGGUAAGUGGGAUCAAUUUUGGGUGACUAAAGCUGCCUCCCCUGAUGAUUUUUUCUUACUUAUUGCAAAUAUAUAUUUCUACCUUUUAUAACAUGUUUAUAACGAGCUUGAAAAACUGUUGCAUUAGGAACAGGUAGGUCGGAACAUUGGGUGACUAAGCUGAAUCCUUUCAAUGAUUAUGUCUUAUUGCAAAUACAUGGGAUGAGUAAGCUGAAUGAUGGUUCUCGGGGGCCGCAGACUGCUCAUCUUGUGGAUGAUAUGUUGAUGUCGCUGGAGAAUGAGGCUUCGUCCUCUUUCUGUGAACGUGAUGUUUGAGUGAGGUGGUGGACUUUCUGCAUUUCUACAGCAUUAUGGAGCUUAUGCCCUGUACUGUAGAAUUGCUCGAGUUCGCUGUCUUUGCAUUUCUUGCAAUCUCUUCAAGUCUGGAGCAUCAUCCGGCAUUUCAUAUUAAUUAGGCUGUUGGUAAUUGAAAUUCAACGACUAGAAACUUGGAUCAUUGAGAUGAAUAUGCAUUCUGC